GUUAUCCGGCGUGACGUAGCAGCCGGUAGUUACAGCAUCCGGGCAUCACUGUAGGUGACGCUUUUCCCUAGAUACUCCAAUCACCGCUAAUGGUCAGUGGUAAUACCCGAGGGUAAGUUAAUUGAGAUAACACUUUACAUUUAUUAAUUAAGGUGUAAACAAUAAUUAGAUGGCAUACAAUUAUUUUGAUAAGCUAGACAGUGUGGCACAAGGUCGUUAUAGUACCAAAUUAGUGUUAAUUAACAGUGAUGAAUGUCCAUACAAGUUCCCUGCAGGUGUUUGGAAAAAUAACCCAUCUUGUUGGCCAGAUCUCCAGUUUGGAGAUGUGUAUUCAUAUUUAAUUGACUCGCCAGGCAUUUUUACCCGAGCAAGUAUGAAAUCCUAUAAGAGUUUGGAUGCCCACAACUAUUUUCAGUCAGGAUGGGUUCAGACAGUUUACAGCUAUAAGCCUGCCACCAGUGCAUACACUAUACUGAAAGCAGAUGUUAGGCCUUCACAAAGACUGAACGAGGAACCUCAUCACCCAUGGGUUGCCCUCUCUGGAGAUGGUUCAGUAGCCGUGGCUCACUGCAAUUGCAUGGCAGGGCUUGCAGAAUCAUGUUCCCAUAUUGCAGCCCUUCUCUUCAAAGUAGAAGCCGCUGUGAGACUGGGAUAUACCACUAAACUUUGCACUGAGCUACCAUGCAAGUGGAAUGCUGAUUUCGUUAAAAAGGUACAGCCUGCGCCCGUAAAAGACAUUCAAUUCUAUAAAACCAGCUGUAUAAACAAAGCAAAGAAGGUAAAAGUUCGACAUUUGUCAUCAACCCAACAAGAACAACAGACUCUUCUUCAAACUUUGCAUGCUUGUAACAGCAAACCUGUGGUUUUAAGUACAUUUGACAACUUCUCUGACAAAUUUCACUGGCAAAAAACUGUUUCCUCAGAUCCGAUUGUACCACAAUGUCUUAGAUCUCUGUACAAGACAGAGUAUGCAGACUUCACAAAAAUAUAUUUAAGCAGGAAAUGCUCCGAAAUUAAUGAUAGUUACAGCAUGAAUAAAGAGACAAUCAUGUAUAUCUACGAUGUUACUCAAAAACAGAGCUCAUCUUUAACAUGGCAUGAACAACGCAUUGGUCGAAUAACAUCUUCAGUAGUGUACAGUGUUUUACAUACAGAUUUCAACAAUCCAGCGCCAUCACUACUUAAAACUUUGUGUAACCCUAGUUCAAAAUCACUUGAUCAUGUACCUGCAAUUCAUUGGGGUAAAGAAAAUGAAAAAGUUGCGCUGCAUCAGUACAGUGCAACCAUGAAGACACAACAUCAACAUUUUAAUAUGAGUUCUGCAGGCUUCCUAAUUUCUAAAGAAACCCCUUUUAUUGGUGCUAGUGCUGACUCUGUAGCCAGCUGUUCCUGUCACGGAAAUAGAGUUAUAGAGGUCAAAUGUCCGUUCAGUCACAAGGAAUCGACAUUACAGGAGUAUGUAAAAGACCCUUCAUCCUGCAUUGUGGCUAAUGGCAGAGAGGUGAAGACUACACACAAAUAUUACUAUCAAAUCCAGCUUCAUAUGUACGAGCAUGAUGUAAAUUUAUGUGACUUGGUAAUUUAUACAUCAAAGGUAACAGCGAUAUUUUAUAUUUUACGCAAUGACAUCUUCAUUAAAGAUAUGAUAACAAAACUGAAAGAUUUUCACAUUCGUCAUGUGAUGACAGAAUUAUUGACGAGACAAUUGGAAAACAAGAUUAAACAAGUACCUUUGAGAAAUGAUAAAUUGUAUUGCUACUGCCGAUCAAAGGAUGAUGGAAAGGAGAAUAUGAUUGGUUGUGACAACCCACAAUGUAAAACUCAGUGGUAUCAUCUUAAAUGUUUAAAAAUGAAAAGAAUACCAAAAGGACAAUGGUUAUGCAAAGACUGUAAAAACAUUCCCGUUACUAGCUCUUAAU